AUGCUUCAAGCAAGUCUGGAACAAGAGCGGGAGCCGCAACAAGCGAUUCGGAUGACAUCGCUCUGGGAUUCGAUAACAAGUCUGUUUCAGUCCUCAGGGACUCAGGAAGUUCGGUCGGAAUGGGAUCGCACCAUGGAACAACGAAACCUCGAGCUUAUAUCGACCCUGAAAAGAACCACCGAUCCAACGGAAUUUGCUACCGUAGUGCGUAAAGGAGCUCAGAUGGAUUUGACCUGCUUGCAAGCGGUGCCAGAGGCAUUGAAAAAGCUGAAUAUCAACAUCCCGAAUCUAGCGAUCUACGUUUUAGGCGACACAAGUAAAACGUACAAAUGUGGUUCCAGCACGAAAGGCGUUUCAAUCGAUUUGGAUCUGCGAAACAAUCACUUCGAACUGCAUUGCGGCGCCAAUCUGAAUCAGAAGCCACGUGGCAAAGUCGGCAGCAACGAUUGCCUUUUCGAGUCGUUGGCGCAGGCAAUCCCGCAGCUUCUGGAUGUACCGGCAUCGGAGUUUCAUUCGGGUAACAUUCGAGGAAGAUCUACCGAUCGCGAUGGAAGCAGAAGCCGUCGCAGUAGGUCAAGGUCUUUGAGCGUCCACGAUGACCCCGAGGAGGAAACUUCAACCCUGGAGCAUUUGUUAACUCGUUUUUACGGCAUUUUUGAUGUAGCUGGGGUUGUUCAAGGGGUCGCAGAACGUGCGCGAAUAAAUAGGAAUGAAGUUUUGCGUGGAGGUAGAAGUCAACACCAGGACAGACAUAGUUCCGAUGUUAGACUUCACGCUUCCCAUGUUAUUAGAAUCCAGAUAACUGACGGGGCUACAAAUCAGCUAUCCGAGUCUAACACUGCUCUUUAUACGUAUCUGACAACUCAAAUAGGGUACACUGAACUUGUUGAAACAUGGGCUAACAAGUGGGGAGGUAUAGGGAAGGACAUUGAUGAGCUACAAGCACUGCUUUUGAAACUGUUGGAAUCGGUAGAUUUCAGCCAUGACUCUCCGCGUAUGAUGCCAAACGUUUCCCUCAAAUAUUUGCAGAACACGGUAGAUGAGCUCAAUGAACUGUUGCGAAGAAUUGACCCAUAUGCAACGGCCAUAACUCUAACGGAUCAGGGUUUUUGGGCCAGUUUGUUUGGAGAUAACGUGAUUACCGCCGACACAAUUGUCGGAAUCUGUAAGGAUAGUUUCAUCACAGUAUUGAAUAAAUGGUUAAGGAUAGAUCGUAAGCAUUUCAUGAAUGAAGAUUCGAUCAAAAACGUACUGGAGCAAGUUUUAAAGAUUAUUAAGAACACAAACUUGUCUAAGCUAUUGCAGCUUGGAAGAAAGGCAUUCAAAAAGCUCCUGCAAUUGUUACUGACAAAACAAAAAUGUGACAACGGUAAAAAUGAUCGCCAAGAUAAGGACAAGGAUGACGAAGAUGGUGAAAAUAAGUCAUCAAGUGGAAAUAAAGCGAAGAAUGGUGCCAUUUGGAGCUCAGUUAAGGAGACAGUCCAACAAGAGGCGCGCUGCAACAAUGUGAACCCGUCAUCUUUUCUAAAAAUAGCCGGUUGGAUAUUGUUGGGAGUCGCUUUGGUGACAGCAAUCGCGUUUGCAAUAUACAUGGUGGUCCCUUGUAUCAUCAAUUUGAUUACUGUCGUUGAUACAGUAACUAUCGUUAAAACGAUAAUUGUCGUUGCAGGCUAAGGAUGAUAUGGUGGGUGAUGAUGAAGACGUCACAUCAAACACGAAAACAUUUGGCCCCAUAGUCAAAGGAUAACAAUUGUAUGGGUUUUUUUAACCACAGUAUCAAUGUCACAUAUAAUACCUAUUAUAUUCCAAAAACGGAUUAAUUUAUGUUGAAAUCAAUGUCAAAACAUGAUAAUCAAUCGGUAGGGGUUCGUUCUACUUCGUCGUAUAUGCCAUUAUUCGUCGUAUCAAACUUAAAAUGUUCCACUACGGCGGAUAUUCAAACUUACCUGCAACAUAGAUUCAUUUUCCAAGUGUGUGAAAGCUGUUAUGGUUCGUACACUCGUACACCAAAACUGCAUCAAAACAACUGCAUUUUGAUAAAUAACUUCAGUUCCAUUAUCCACUUUAAACUUUCUCACCGAAAUCGCAUGGACGAACACGAUCUGAGCGAAAUGCUUAUCAAGUUUCUUCCCGCCCCUCUGUAUGACUUACCUUACCGGGCACUCAUUUUCACUAUGGAAAACCUUCGUACUUCUUCCACGAAGGGUUUCAUUCCAAACCCACACCGCAAAACUUCUGUAAAUCACGAAGUUUCAUGAAAUUUCCUCAACGACCGCGUAAAAUUGAGAAUGUAAACAAAGUUCAAUCCAUCGUACUGAGAGAAAAAAAAAAGCUUGUGCGCUUCAAUGUGUGCGUAGAAAACGGUUCCUUUGAUUUUGGUGUUUUCGCUGCACUGUAAGCAGCUGUCAUGAUUGUUCGGUCAAAAGGAAUUGUGUUUACAUGUUUGGGCAGAAUUUUUAUGGCGAACAAUGAAUUUUAAAGAAAAUUAUUAUAUUCCAUCAUGCUGAAGGAAUGGAGGGAGAUGCCCGUGGAUGUAUAUAUUCUAGUAAAACAUUUUAUCAUUGCGUUGAUGCAACAUUUUUGACCACUCACUAUUUCACAGUAAUCCGUUAGUUGUGAGACGAUUCUGGAAACUGAUUGCGACAUAAAAAGAAAGCGAUACGACGAAUAGAGAAAAUGGCCAGUAAUAAUUUCAUAGCAUUAUAUCCAAUAAACGAUCAAGAUUAAUCAAAAACUUAUUUAAAAAAAUGCGACAGCCGUUUUGGGAAAGAAUCGUUUGGCAUCGCUGUGUAUCAGCAUCAUUCACUGCAAUACUGCGAAAAUUGCAGGUUCUCACUGAUCGAUGCUUAAUACGAUGGAUACUAGCACAUCAUCCUAUGUGUGAAGUUUAUGCAGAAGUUAUGAUUUAUGCAAAUGUCAUCGAGUCAGAUACUAAUACACCGUAACUUCAAUAUAUGAACUAGAUCGGGGCCUGUAAAUUGAA